CUCUUUCCCAACCCACAUUGUUCCUGGUCUUUGUCACUGCUUGUUCUGAGCCUUAGAUCUCAAUUCAAAGUUCUUGGUCUUUCGAAUGGCGAGUUCGGGGUCUUGGUCUUUGGCUUUGAGGUUUGCUUGCAGGUUAUAUGUUAUUCUGGCCCUUGUCUUGGAUAGCAAGAUUUCGGUUGUGGCUGAUGAUGACAGUAAUGUUCCGGGAGUCAAUAGUGCCGGUGUGGGUGGCGGAGCAUCAGAGCUUUGUGAUAAUGAGCUGGGUAGUUUUAUGCCACCACCAUAUGGUAAUUUAUCAGAAAUAGUCUGUAGGCCUGUUUGGAACACUUUUGUUUUGAGGUACUCUCAGACUGAAGAUCAUGUCAUGAACAUUAUAUUGUCUGCUGUAUACACCACUGGAUGGGUAGGAUUGGGAUUUUCCAAAGAUGGCAUGAUGGUUGGUUCAAGUGCCAUGGUGGGAUGGGUUAACAGAAAAGGUCAAGCAAGAAUUAAGCAAUACUUUUUGCAGGGUUCAAAGGUGUCACAAGUCAUACCAGACAAAGGUGAAUUGCCACUCACCGGCAUCCCUGCUUCCCUUGUGCUUCAUGGCCCCAGAAUUUACCUGGCAUUUCAGUUGAAAUUCCCGACUCAUCUCGCCCGGCAGCCAAUUAUCUUGGCUAUCGGAAGCGGUUACCCUAAGCACCACCACCUAACCAAGCACAACGAUAAAACAACCAUCCUGUUCGAUUUCUCUGCAGGUUCUGCAUCUGAGGCACCUACAAACUUUGGGCAGAUGAAGAAGAACCAUGGAAUAUUGGCUAUAUUUGGAUGGGGUCUAAUAAUUCCUGUUGGGGCAAUUGUCCCAAGAUACUUCAAGCACAAGGACCCUUUGUGGUACUAUCUCCAUGCACUUAUUCAAUUUGUUGGGUUUGUCAUUGGGCUGGCAGCUGUGGUACUAGGGCAACAACUCUACACCAAAAUAGGAGCCAACUUCCCAACACAUAGAGCCAUAGGGAUCUUUGUUCUUGUGCUUAGUAUCCUUCAGAUACUGGCAUUUUUUCUAAGACCCAACAAGGAUGCCAAGAUUAGAAAGUACUGGAAUUGGUACCACCACUGGCUUGGAAGGUUUGCAGUCUUCUUUGCAACUGUGAACAUACUUCUGGGGAUCAAAAUUGGAGCUGCAGGAAAUGAUUGGAAGAUAGGCUACGGGUUUCUUCUCGGUGUGAUUCUGCUCUCAGUCAUUGUUUUAGAAGCAUUGGCAAGGAUGAGGAGAACAGAGAAGGAUGCUUUGCCUUCAAACUUCCAAAUGAAUCCAGUUCAAUAGGCAGCAGCAACACCAUUCAAGUAUCCUCUAAGAGGAUGAGAUAUGAUUCCAGGCUUGGCAUCUUAGGCAAAUAUUGUAAGAAAUACAUGGACUUCAGCAAUAUAUAAAAGAGGUCAAACCAAACUGAGUUGAA